AUGAUCGAAAUUGCGCGACUUCUCGACUUCUCGACCGACCAACCGCGGUGUGCCAGUCGCGUCCUGAGUCGGAACCUAGCCAACUACAGCUCUCAAUUUGGUCGAUAUAUUGGAAACCAGUUAAGCCAAGCCGAUUCCCCAAGAUCCCAGAACUGCCAUUUGGAGUCCCGAAUUCGGUGA